AUGUGGAAGCCGUCGGAGCGCCUGAUGGACACCAUCAGGCAUUACGCCAGCUUCCCAGCAACUGGCGUUUCGCUCCGACAGAUGGUUCAAUUCGGAGACAGACCUUCAACUGGGACCCUGUUUCGCGCUUCUCAAUUUCUUUCAGAAGAACUCCCCAUUCGUCUCGCGCACCGUGUCCAAGAUCUUGGAGAACUCCCAGAUGGGCUCAGUGAAAUGCCCUCGAUAAAAAAGGUUCAGGAUUGGUACGCGCAGUCGUUCGAGGAAAUCAUCACUCUACCCCGACCAACCCUCACUCAAGAAGUCAAGGCCCGUCUGCUGCGCCCGAACAGAACGCUCACUGGUGGGUCGAAGAUCCUCGCCGAAACCACCCAAAAUCCCAGCAUUCGCGAGGGGCAGUACCGUUCCGCCAUGUCAAAUGGUAACGGAAAUGGCAAGGCCGCUGCUGCUCGGAGAUAUUUUGUCCCUUCGGAUGACCAGGGAGACUGGCCUCCCGAGUUAAAUGACUACAACGAACGGUUUGCGAAGACUCUACAACAAAUCAAGCGGCGACACGAUAGUGUUGUGACUACGGUGGCACAAGGCAUUCUUGAAUGGAAACGGAAGCGGCAGCGGCUACAAAUCGACUCGACAAUCCAGUCAUUUCUCGAUCGCUUCUACAUGUCUCGGAUAGGUAUACGAAUGCUUAUUGGUCAACACAUUGCUCUCACGGAACAAACGCACGUGCGCCAUCCGCAUUACGUUGGUAUUAUAUGUACAAAAACAAAUGUGCGCGAGGUGGCCCUCGAGGCAAUCGAGAACGCGCGGUUUGUAUGCGAGGAUUACUACGGACUCUUUGACGCUCCCAAGGUGCAGCUUGUCUGCAAGGAGGAUCUGAAUUUUAUGUAUGUGCCGGGACACCUGUCUCACAUGCUCUUUGAGACAUUGAAGAACUCUCUUCGUGCUGUAGUCGAGAGGCAUGGCGCGGACAAGGAAGCUUUCCCGGUCACCAAAGUUAUUAUCGCCGAAGGCAGAGAAGACAUCACUAUCAAAAUCUCUGAUGAAGGUGGUGGCAUUCCGCGCUCCUCGAUUCCUCUUGUCUGGACCUAUAUGUAUACAACCGUGGAGCAAACCCCCAACCUCGACCCGGACUUUGACAAGAGCGACUUCAAAGCGCCCAUGGCAGGAUUUGGAUAUGGGCUGCCCAUCAGUCGCUUGUAUGCGCGGUACUUCGGUGGUGACUUGAAGCUGAUCAGCAUGGAAGGGUAUGGCACUGACGUGUACCUCCACCUGAACCGCCUAUCAUCGAGUUCGGAACCCCUUCAAUGA